UGAUGGUUUGCGUUUGGUUGCGUGCGCGAGUAACAAAACAUCAUCAUCGGCCCGCCGCGUAACAAAUCGUGCCACAAAUCAAAACAAACAUUACACGAAUGCGGACGACGAAAAGCGGGUACGUGUAAACGUAGAAGCUGAAAUUCAAUGGUUCAAUGGUUGUACAACAAUCGUCACCUCCUAAAGGAUCGAAGCUGUAUAAUGUUUGAUUGAUGCUUGUGUAAGUAUUUUUCGGUUUUUGGUUCGAAACAUCACAUUCUUCGCAACAUCAUGGAACGGAACUCGGCACAAACCGUAACAUUGACGAACAGUAUUAUCGGCGUUGGCAUCCUGUCGAUGCCGUUCUGUUUUCAGAAGUGUGGCAUAAUCCUAUCAUUGGUUUUGCUAUUGCUGAGCACAUACAUCACACGUCUAGUCUGCAGCUAUAUGAUAAAAUCGGCCAUCAUUUCAAGGCGAAAAAACUUCGAACAAAUUGCUUUCUACGCAUUUGGAUUUUACGGUAAGCUGCUGGUGGAGAUAUGCGUCGUCUGCUACCUGCUGGGAACCUGUGUGGCAUACUUCGUCGUGGUUGGCGAUUUGGGUCCCCCGAUAAUGGCUAAGAUUUUGUCGAUGAACGAAAGUAGCACCCUGCGCUCGUGGGUGAUGAUUGUGGUAACGGUUGUUUGUAUCGUUCCCCUCGGUUUACUCCGAAACGUGGACAGCCUAGCGACGGUUUGCACAGCCUCAUUGGGGUUCUAUCUAUGUUUGGUGCUUAAGGUGAUGGCAGAAUCUAGUGAGCAAAUUAGCAGGACAGGUUGGCUUGAUGAUUUAGCGCUGUGGAAACCAAAGGGCAUUUUACAGUGUCUGCCUAUCUUCAGCAUGGCACUAUCGUGUCAAAUGCAACUGUUCGAGGUGUACGCAACGAUGCCGACAACGUCGUUGGACAAAAUGAGCCGCGUUGUUCGACAGUCGACAAAUUUUUGUACCUGUAUCUAUGCGUUGAUCGGAUUUUUCGGUUACGUAGCUUAUAAUAGCGGUGCUCAGUUUUCUGGCAAUAUUUUGGUGAAUUUUUCACCGUCAUUUGUGUCAGAUAUUAUCAAGAUAGGGUUUGUUCUAUCGGUAGCUUUUAGCUUUCCGUUGGCAAUUUUCCCCUGUCGAGUGAGUUUGUACUCACUACUGUAUAAGCGUGCAUACUCAGAUACGCACUAUUACAUUCCGGAGUCGAAAUUUCGACCCUUAACACUCGCAAUCGUUGGUGCGGCACUUUGUCUUGGCCUCAUGGUGCCAUCGAUUGAGGUGGUUAUCGGCCUUGUAGGGUCGACAAUCGGCGUUGCGAUUUGCAUCAUUAUUCCGGCCGCUUGCUACAUGCACAUUUGCAAAACUAAUAUCGCGGAGAAACAGUUGGCGCAGGUCAUGAUUGCACUAGGUCUUCUGAUUAUGAUUUUGGGGACCUACGCGAACUUGGAAGCUAUGGACCAUGUGCCGGAGAAAAAGUACGAAACUGCAGCAAUUGUAGAAAAGAAAGUUACCUUGCUGCCGGUGCUUAUGGCAGAGAAACCUGCGGAAAAUCUUGACAAGUCAAUCGAAGAUCUAAAGGUGCCGCUGCAGGCGGUGCCUCCAGAUGUAAAAAAGGUGCUUACCUCAACCGACAAUCCACUGCCCAAGAUUGAAUCCGCUCAAAACACCAUUAAAUUGGCGGAUGUUGGCGUUUCUAAACCAGAGAAGCCUAGUGUAUCCUCGGAAGCACCAGUGGAGCAACCUGAACCGGACAAGACUAAAGAGGAAAUCAUCGCACCGGACGCUAUUCUCAAAGAGGAAAAAGAAAUUGCCGUGGAGGAAAAAGAACAAAUUCAAAAAGAAAUCAGCGAGUUGCAGAGCGCGAAAAAGCAGCUGGAAGCUCAGGUACAGGUCAUCAAGGAGCAGCUGGUGAAGACGAACGAGGAAACCCAGCAACUGGUGCUUAAAAAGUUCGACGAAAUUGUCGAGAAAAUUGAUCAAAAAGUGUCCAAAGAAAAGGAACCAGCUGUACCAGCGCUGCUACCAACCGAGGUCCCUCCAGCAGCCGACCCAAAAAAACCAAACGAAUCUCUUGACCCGAAAAAAGAUCCCAUUGUAAGAUUAUUGACUGAACAGAGCAAAGCGAAGCCCGUUGUAAACGCUAGUAAUAUUGAACCCCCGCAAGACACUAAGAACGAAUCAUCGCAAGCUAUCGACACUAAAAUUGCGGUGGAAUCGAUUGGCAACGAAACCGAAGUGGAGAGGAAAGAACCAGUGAAACUAAUAGAUCAACAACAGGAUGAAUUGGAGAAAGCAAAACCGCUGCCACCGUUGCCGGUCGAGCAGCAACAGCAAGGAGCGGAAGCACCAAAGCAGGCAAAAUCCGACGGCGAUCCACCGAAAGCUGCACCCGUAGAAAAGGAUAAUAGUAAUAAAGUCGAAGAUUCUGGUGCUAAGCGGGAUCUACUUUCGGUUCGAAACAAGCGAAGUCCAGUAAAACUGGACUUCGGGAGUGACCCAGUGGUGGAAGUUGAUUUAGCCGAGAUUGACAAAAACUGUCAAAAGACUGUGAAUAGUGUAGAAUUGGGGGAGCAAAUUGUGCAGGGUAUCAUUGAUAAGGAAAAAUUUGCGGACCUAGUUCGAAGAGAUGUUAUGGAUGAUGAACGAAAGAUGUUGAGGAAAUAA